CGUCAAAAAUGGAGAGUCGGGAUGUGCAGACGAAAUUUGAUGAGAAAAAGGCAGUUAAAAGUAGAUUUUUGGAUCUGAUUAUCCCUAUUGCAGGCUGUAUAAGCUAUGAAUGUUUUGCUGUUAAUAUAAUGAAUCCAAGAAGAUUUAUAGAGGUAUUUGGCAGCAGAACUGUCAUAGCAGCAGAUGCUCUCUGGUUUAAUGCCCACAUUGGUUUUGGCAUAUACCUAUAUAGACGGAAUUUUCUACAGGCAGCAAGUACUCAAUGGAAGGUAAUUUACAGUGUGUUUGGAUCUGCUGUGUUCAAUUUUGGCUCGGUUCUUUUGUGGGGUACAUCCAAAGCAUUACUGCCUACUGUGCCUGAAGGAAUUAAGGUAUUAUUUGGACUUGGCUCAGGACUUUUACUGAUGUAUGUAGGCUGGCAUUGGACAGACUUUCUUAAUAAACAAGCGCUUCAGCUGAAGGAACAGAGAUGACAAGCUAAAACAUAUUGUCAUGAAGGACAGAACUUUUCCUCUCAUUACACUAAGUGAUACAAGUUACUGGUAUUCUUCAUGGAAAAAAAGAAUUGUGAUGCAUCAUAUUCCAAGAUUUCAUUUUAUCAUGUUAUUAGUAUGCUGCCUGUACAGACUUUAAGUACCAGCUAAUACUUUCAACAACUCAUACUUUCCACUGACUGGAAUAAAUUUCAGUAAAAGAAUCACCAAGUUACUUCCUUUAAAGUAUAUAUUGUCAUUGUAAGGUUAGGGGACUGUUUACUCUAAGUCUUUGCAGAUGCACAACUUGUAGACAUGUAUGAACAUUAUAUGAUGACCAUAUUUAGACAAGCACGAUUGAAAAGCUAACUAAGAUUGACAUUCUGUAACUGUAAAAUCUGCACAAUGGAAUAAAUUCUAUUCGAGAAAAUGUUAUCAAAAUAGUGAUUUUCCCAUAGACUCCCAUUAUGAAAACUCGUAAGAGAUUAAAAAUUUUCAAAUUUCAAAUCAGUCUAGCAAAAAAUUGAGCUCAUGACCCUAUCUUUUUUAUUUGCUGAAUUUUCUAAGUAUGAUUUGAAGUUUUGAAAAAUCAGGGUUUAAUCAAAUUCUAUAACAUUGUAGAAAAAAAUUGAUCCCAACAUGCAGAACUGCUUUAAUAGUGUGGUAAAUAUCAGAAACUUGUUUGCAAUAUAGAUUAAUAUGGUAGGCUUUUUCUUGGAGUUUACUUCUUUUUAGUCAUUCAUAAAUAUUGUUAACUAUAAAACUGUGGAGUAAAAUAUUGGCAUACAGUCAAAUUCAUGCAUUGCUUUGUUUCAACCUGCAUUAAAUUAACUAUCAUUCUCUGAAACUGAGGAAUUUCUUUGCUUUGUUUCAUCAUGCAUGGGAUUGUAGAACACUGCAUCAAACUAAUCAAGUUUAAGCUAGGGCUGUCAUCGAUAGAAACAAUAUCGAUGUAUCAACGAUAUUUUUUUGUCAAUCGAUUAUCGAUUCCCAUUUUCAAAAAUCGAUAUUUUACAGAGAGAAAAAAAACUAUCCAGAUAAACACUCAGACUCUCAAAAACAAUUAAGUUCACAAAGUUGUCAAUUUGGAUAAAUGCAAAAAAGAAACAUGUAAAGUAAAAAUGAAAGAUUUUAUUAAUUUUUGUUUAUUUCUUUUAUUUCAUAAAUACAAAUACAACUCAGUCAAACAGUAAUAUGAAAAGUAGGCAAUAGAACUAAAAAUAGCAUUUACAGGAAGGUAUAUAGUAUGCAUGUGGACAAAUAGGUUGUUAAUCUAACUUAAUAAUCGAUAUAUCGAUGUAUCGUCGAUAUUUGUCUUCUGAUAUAUCGGUAUCGUUGAUAUGCCCAAGACCCAAUCAAUGACAGCCCUAGUUUAAGCAUCGCUUUGUUCCAACAGGUCUUAUUUUUAGCUGACACAGUACUAAAUUGAACCAAGUCAUACCUAGCUCUGUUUCAAUCUGCAUCAAUUCAAAUGAUAACCUAUGUUGUUUCAAAAUCAUGUAUAUUAACCAUGCAGGAAUUUAACUUGUUUUUAUAUCGCUGUUUUGGCAGUGUUGGCUGCCCACAGAGGCCUUAUAACAAAUUUGCUGAACUUAUUUGAAGCCUUUUUUCUUGUUGUUAAGGUGGUUAAAGAUGUAAUAAAUAGAAUUUGAUUGCUUUG